AUGUUUCCUCCUAUGUUUUCAAGUGGCCUGCAGAUUGUUGAUGCUGAAGACGGAGAGAUGAGGCCAACUACUCUUGUGACGGAUUUUGGUUCUUUUGUUGGCAGAGAAGAGGAUGGAGUGAGACGAUACUUGGGGAUCAAGUAUGCUAGGGUGAGGAACUGGCUUGCGGCGCCUGAAGUUGUUGAUGAGUAUGGUGGAGGGAUUGUCAAUGCCACUGGGUUUGGACCACGCGCGUCGGCAAUAGACGGUUGCGCGUUCGAGCAAUCCACCCUGAUCCAAUGCACCAUCGGCACUGGUCCUGGAGCUUCCAUGUCCAGCACUGAGUGCCUGAACCUCAACAUUACUGUUCCAUUUCUUGCCAGCGUGGCCGACACUGUUUUUCCAGUGAUGGUCUUCAUCCAUGGUGGCGGCUUCAUCAUGGGCGCAAAUUCCUGGCCGCAGUACGAUCCAGCACGUCUAGUCAGAAUGAGCGCAGACCUUGGUUCCCCGCUUAUCGUCGUCAACGUGAACUACCGUCUAGGUGGCCCUGGAAAUCUAACGAGUGAGGAACUGAGAAAUGCCGGAUAUCCUGGGAACAACAGUUUGAGGGAUCAAAGAUGUGCAUUACAGUGGGUCAGAAAGCAUAUUGGAGGAUUCGGGGGUAACGCGGAUAACAUCACCGUGUUUGGAGAAAGCGCCGGUGCCGUCUCGGUGUUGCAUCAACUAAAUUUUGAAGAGCCAUUAUUCAGACGCGCAAUAAGCAUGUCAGGAACACCGCUCAUGCUCAAACCACUCUCACUCUCCGCCGCCGAAACAUCCUACAACACCAUCAUGCAAGCUCUGGGCCUUGAGCACGCCUCAAUGCAGGAACGCAUACAACACCUCUUGUCCAUGAGUCCCGAAAAACUUGUGGAGAAGAUACCAAUGAACAUACCACUUGUCCCUUACAUCGACGGCGACAUGAUCUCGGAAGCACCUACAUUCGCGCAACUUUCAAGUGGUACACUCCAGAGCCUGAAGAGCAGUUGGUGUGAGGAGUUACUGAUUGGAUCAUGUGCUCACGACGGCAACGUGUUCUUCUUUAUGGGCCUUUCCUUACCUGGUAUCGCAUCGGCUAUCCAUGCGUCCUUCUCUCGCGAUCUGUCUUCGUCAGUCGCUCAUACCGUCUUAUCUGCAUAUGGCAUUACAUCUUCAAUGCGCGAUGAGGAGGCCAUGGUAUCUAUCAUUGAUUUGGCUACCGAUAUUGCGUACCAUCUUCCUGCACAGUACUACGCUCGCGCCUUCAAGGGGAAGGUUUCCUCUUAUCUCUUUACCGAACCCAAUCCUUGGGACGGUAUGUUCAAAGGGAAGAGUACGCAUAUGCUUGACGCGGCAUUCUUGUUCCAAAACUUUGAUGAGAAUCUGUCUGAUGAAGCAAAGAUAACGGCUCGGGAAUUGGGCGCAGACUUUGUAGCUUUUGCGUAUGGGAGAGCUGGUAGUGGGUGGGAAAGGGGUGAAACCAAAGUAUAUGGGCCCGAGACGGAUGGACAACAUCGGCUGGAGAUCUUGAGGCGAGAAGGGAAGAUCGACUUGGAUGCGUUGAGCGCGGCCUGGGAUUUGUUCCUCUCCGGAAAGUAG